AUGUCUCGUUAUUCAGGCGUUCAGCACACGCACAUAAGGCGGUGGGUCAACGGAGGCGAGCCGGCAUCGCCGCCAUCCGCUGUGCCCUCAUGCCCUGGCGGCGGCAUGUGGUUACUUCUACUACUGCCUAUGUUUGUGACGUCACUAACCCGAGAGCCGGUCUAUCUGGGCCAAGUCUAUCAGAAGCCGCUAUCACAAAAGGCAAGUAGUACUGUGACGGGUGAGUCUGGAAGAAAAUUAUCGUCAUGGUUGAUCGUAAAGAAUGGCAUUUUAUAUGGCAUUCCCGGAAAAGAAGAUAUUGGAUCGCAUAUGAUAAAAAUUAGUUCUCCGUCUAAAAAAGAACAAAUCAUUGAAUUUCUUGUGAGAGAAGAUACAAAUAAUCCGUGUGGUGAUGAGGACAAUUACUGGGUGGAAGCACUCUACGAGCAGGACGAACCGGUCUACAGUUAUAAUUAUUCGCGUGCAUUUCGAAAAGUCGAAGCAAUCGGUGGUGAUGCGAAGGCGGCAUUUACUAUCAUGAAGAAGGUAGCAUGUGGCGACGAUUUAGAGACGGCGGCCAGUGAAAUGGAUACAUUUUUGAGCGCUGUAGAGAACGUCGAAUAUGACUAUGUUGUGUUGACAAAAGGUCGCGUGCUUCAGCUGACCAACGACAGCAGUUCUACCGUAGGAAAGUUUACCGCUGUAACUGAGGUCACCACCUUACGUACAACUCGAAAAGUCGACAAUCCACCGGUGAAGCUGAACUCGUUGUCUGCCUUCACUUGUACGCGUGGUGUUUAUUGUGAGAUGAUCAUACCGGAGAGCACAUUCAAAGAUGUUGAGGACGGUGAUACAUUUAAACUGAAACUAUCAGUGCAGUCAAUCGACAAAAAGGAAUCUUGGAUUUUCUACGAACACAAGAAACUUAAAGGUGUGCCGCUUGACGAAGGUGACUAUGAGUUCCGUCUUGAAGCCAGAGAUAAAGCUGGACAGAUGGCGUCUGCUCCUUUCAAGGUGUCCGUCACACAAUCGUUUCCCUUCAAUCAUCUGGUGUUGUUCGAGCUCGACACAUCCGUUGAGCACUUCUCGAAGCCGUCGCCGCUGUCGACGUUCGUGCGCAGGUUAGCGCACGCUUUCCGCUGCACUCUGGACGCGAUCACCAUCCGGAACAUCACAGGAAACGCGACUAAGACCACCGUUACAUGGAGCAACAACACUGUUCCACAUAAGGUUAGUGGAGGCUCUGCGUUCGCAUUCUUAGCUUGUGUUAUUCAUUCAAUCGUUUAUGCGACAUGGUUAGCACUAACACACACACACACACACACACACACACACACCACGCAAAGCAUCUGUAACCAUAAAGAGAAGUGGUGCGUUUGA